AAUCUUUACAAACAAGCUAUGGCCAAGAUGCAUGCUGCUCUUGAGUGGGAUAAAAUGACGAGAAUUGACCCAGCGAGCCUACAUGAAUGUGAAAAAGACCAAGUGGACGAAGUCUUCGUCAUGUUCGUUUUGGCGGAACAAUGGGAGGUGAAGGAUAAAGCCCCGGAGGACAUUAUUCAAGUCCUCAAAGUGUUUCAGGCCCUGUUGAAGAUUAAAGAUCGGGAACUUACUCUUGCCAGUGACUUCAUUGAUAACAUUGGUGUAAAGCAUGCUAAAACCGAAAAGGAACUCCUCGCCAAGGUGUCGAGGCUGGAACAACAGCGUAAGCACUCUGGCACAGGGCCAGACACCCGCUUUCUGAGAGAUGAGAUUCGGCAGCUCGAGACCCAGCUGGAGCAGAGGGAGAAGGAGUUGACCCAGUUAAAGAAAGAAAUGGGCAAGGAAAAGAAAAACAAUGAGGAGUUGGUGGUACGAGCAGAAGAGGCUGAGGAUAAGGUCAAGAAGCUGAAAAGAGAGAUAAAAAAGUUUAAAAAGAAGAAUGAGCAGCUCCAGCAGGAUGUGGACUUCUAUCGCGGCGAGCUGGACCAGAAAGAGCUGGUCCCAUCCAGAGACGAGAAUGCUGAGACCCAGCGGAAGCUCAACUUGGCCAACCGCCAGCUCUAUCAGUGCUUGGAAGAUCUUCAGCGAGCCGAGGAUGAAAACUUACACCUGAAGACACAGAACGAGCAGAUGCAGAAAAGUCUGGAGGAGUCGGUGAAGGAGAUGGAGAAGAUGACAGACGAGUACAACAAAAUGAAGAUUGUUGUACAGCAGACCGACUCCAUUAUGGACCAGCUUAGGAAAGAGAGGGAUCAUGCAAAGCUGCAAGUCAGAGAGUUAACAGAUAAGAUUCAUAGCAUGACUGAAGAGGAUGACCCAAUUAUGGCAGCAGUCAAUGCCAAAGUGGAGGAAUGGAAGAGAGUGCUCUCUGGGAAGGACGAUGAAAUUUUGGUGUACCAGCAGAUGAUCUGCGAUCUGAGGGAAAAGCUGCGUUCAGCCCAGUUGGACUUGGACAAAAGCAACAUUAUUGCCUUGCAGCAGGUCAUAUAUGAGCUCUGCAGUGCCGUCCAAGAGAGAGAUAAUCAAAUCAAGAUGCUGAGUGAGCAGGUGGAGCAGUAUACAGGGGAAAUGGAGAAGCACACCCUGCUCAUUGAGGAGCUAAAGAUGUCCACAAAGAAAGACCGAGGCCUACCAUCGACCAUACAACAGAGAAAGAUGGAAGAGCUGAAGUCCAAGUUGGAAGCUGCAGAGAUCAGGACAGUGGAAGCAGAACGGAUGGUAAAGCUUGCGGAAGCUCAUGCUGAGGAAAAAGACAAAGCACUCAUUGAGGCUUCAAACCGCUUGAGCCAGUACGAGUCUGGCACUUAUGGCCUGGAAGCAGCCAUUGCGGAGAUCAAAGAGUGUAAAAAUCAAAUUAGAGUGAGAGAUUGUGAGGCAGAGGCCAUGACCAAAGAGAUCAACCAGCUUGAGAUGAGAAUCAAUGACCUCAUGGACGAAAAUGAGGAUUUCCGAGAAAAACUAGGUCUGGAACCAAAGCAGGAAGUGAAUCUGACAGAAUUCAGGCGAGCCAAAGAUCUUAGACAACGCCAGUACAAAGCAGAAAACCAAGUCCUCACUAAAGAGAUUGAACGGCUUGAAGAGGAGAGACUGGAGCUGAAGAAACAAAUCAGACGUAUGGUGAAGGAAAGAGGGUUCCCACAGUCAAGCUUGCUGCUGGAGGAGGACAUCAGGUCCAGCAGAACUGUACAACUGCCACUUAAACAAAGCAGCAGUUACACAGAUGAAGAGAUCCGACGCAAAAAUGAGUACCUAGAAAAAGAACUGAGCAAUAAGGAGAGAGAGCUGGAACUUCACAAGACCCAGUUUCACGUCAAAUUGGAUGAACUGUCAAAAGUGAAAAGAGACCUGGAGGCUGCACUGAAAGAUGUCCUCCAAGCCAUGAGGAUUAAUCAAGAGACCACUCCAUCUGAUGCUGCCAUCAAUAUUCCAAAUCUGGAAAGGUUGGCUAACGCUAUAGAUGUCAAGAACAUGAGCGGGCAGUCUGACUCAGCCCUGUUCCUCAAGUCCCAAAUACAUCAGCUGGUAGGGAGAAAUGAAGAACUAAGGCAGGAAUUGAAAUCGGCCCGGGAGGAAGCAACCAACAGCUUCAGUCAUCUUGCCAGAGCCAAAGAAAAGGUGAGCCAACUGGAAGGUGAAUUGGAGUUGCUAAGGAAGUCAGGCAGCACUGGAGUCGUCCUCCGACCUCUGACCCUUCCUGAGGGCCUGGGGACCAGCAGCACUGAGAUCAUCAGUUCGCUGAAUGAGUACGCUAUCCGACUUCUUCAGGAGCUCAAAAACAAGGAGGAGGAAAGCAAGAAACUCAUAGGAACACUUGAAGAAUACAAAGAGAAAUUUUCUGUUAUUAGCCACCAACAGGGACUCCUCUAUAAAGAAUACCUAAGUGAGAAAGCAGAGUGGCAAAAGAAGAAAGAGACAUUUACAGAGAUGAAGAACAAGCUGGAGGAGCAAAAUCAGGUGGAUUCUGUUAAAAUCCGAGAGUUCAACGAGCUGCUUGACACCCUUCAGAAGGACCCAGAGGAAAUCAGGAGACAGUUGAGCGAAGCAUUGCGCAAGUUGACGGUGCUGAAGGUUAAUGAGAAGAAACUGACGCGGCGCUACAUCACCCUGCUGGAGCAAGAACAGCACCUCUACAAGGAGAACAGCAAGCUGAGGGAUGAGAGCAGCCACAUGCAGGCCUCUGUCACCCAGAGGAUAGGCUACCUGCAGAGAUACAAGGAAAUGGCUGCAUAUAAGAUAGCAGCACUGCAGAAGGCCUUGGAUGAUAGUGUGCCCUCAUCAGACCUGGAGAGAGCUAACAAACAAUACACAGAGCUAACAGUCAAAUACAGAGACAUGCUACAGAGGGACAGCCGCCUCAUACAGAGAACCACCAACCUCGAACAUUUAGAGAGUGAGAAUGCGUCUCUUCAGGAGCAAAUCUCUGCCAUGAAUAAAGAACUGGAGAUAACAAAGGAGAAACUGAAUACUUUAGAGCAAGCAUGGGACAACAUCAAUGCAAUUGGAGGUGAAAAUAGCAUGGAUAAGGCGGACAAGGCGUUGGCCAACAAUGAGAUGGUAUCUGCCGCCAGGCGGAUCACCACUCUCGAGAUGAAGGAGCUGAACGAGAGGCAGAGAGCUGAGCAUGCCCACAAAAUGUAUGAACAAAUGAGGAAUUCUCUCAGGCAGGUGGAAGAACGUAACUUAGAACUGGAGACCAAGUUUGCAGAGCUGACCAAAAUGAAUGUAGAGGCCCAGAGGGUGGAGCGGGAGCUGAGAGAUGAGUUGGCAGACAGCAUCAGCCAAGCUGUGAGCAAUGCUGACAGAGCCAGGAUUGCAGAGUUGGAGAAGGCCGAGGCUGAGCUUCAUAUCGAGGUUUCUAAGCUUCAAGAGGUGUCUGAUGUGGCUAUGAUGCAGGUGUCUGCUCUACAGGCCAGACAACAGUCUAAAGAGAAGGAAGUAGAAGCUUUGAGGAGACAAAUACUGGACUACCAGUCACAGUCAGAUGAGAAGGCCCUCAUUGCGAAGCUGCACCAGCACAUUGUGGCUCUGCAGCUCAGUGAGUCAGCUGCUUUGACCAAGCUGGAGGCUUCCACCUCUCACAUCCAAAAGCUGGAGGCCUACAAGCUGCGUGCUGAACAGCGGCUGGAUGCCAGUGAGCGUGCUCUGUUCCUCGCCCGUCAGGAGGGCAGAAAUCGCUCCAAGCACCUACGGCAGACCAUCCAGUCACUGCGUAGGCAGUUUGCUGGAGCGCUCCCUCUUCCCCAGCAGGAAAAGUUCUCUGUGACCAUGGUGAGCCUCCAGGAGGACAGAGCAAAAGCCCAGGAGGAGAAGAGGAAGGCUGAGGAGGAGAGGAGGAGAGCAGAGGGCAGGGCGGAAGAACUGGAACUGAGACGUCAAGGCCUGGAGGAGCUCAUCUCAACACUGAAGGAUGUGAAAGGGGCCCAGAAGGUAACUGAGUGGCACAAGAAAAUGGAAGAAGCUCGUCUGCAGGAGCUGAGGAAAGGCAGGGAGCUGUCGGUCCAGAAGGAGGAGAUCAGGUACCUGAAGAACCUGGUGGAAGAGCAGGAGCGAACCAUCCGCUCGCUGGAUGAGGAUAUUGUGCACCAAAACAUGCUUCAAGAGGAACGCCAGCUUGCAUGGGAUCAGCGAGAGGUGGAGCUGGAGCGCCAACUGGACCAGUACGAGAAGCACCAGAAUGAAAUUCUAAGCAGUGCGGAAAAGUAUGAGGAUGGUACAGGUUCCCUACCAGACCCGAGUCUACCUCUUGCUCAUCAGUUAGAGUUUGCUUUGGGUAAAAUCAGAGAGCAUGCCCGUACCAUCUUGGACACACAGGCCACCUGCAAAAGUUUGGAUGAGAGGUUGAAAGAGAAAGAAGCAGCUCUGUGGAAGGCAGAACAGAACAUUGUGUCCAGGGAUAAAGUGAUCAAUGAGCUGCGUCUUCGGCUCCCAGCUGCUGCCAACAGAGAACGCCUGCUAGCUGACCUUUCCAAGCAUGAAGAGGGCCAAUCAGACAAUCAGCCUUCCCUGAAGCUGGCUCAGCAGACCAUCAAAGACCUCCAGGGUAGACUUGACAAAAAAGAGGAUGUGCUAAAGAAAUACCAGAACCAGUUGGCUCAAGCCAGACAGGAUCAAGAGGAGAUGAUAAAGAGACACCAGGAGGAGCUGAGAAUGCUGAAUGAGAAGUUGGACAUGCACACGGACACCUCCCUGCACCGCUUUAAACAGACAGCAAUGGAAUUGAUGAAGAAGCCCACUAUCAGGAUGCAAACCACCAAGCAUCUGGAGCGUCUGGCUGAGUUGGAGCAGACAGUGGCUGAACAGGACAUCUCGCUCUCCUCUGUCACACAGAAGUUGAAUCUGACAACCGCUGAGCUGGAGCGACAGAGGACCACCAUGGAAACACAGGCUAAGAAACACGCUGACAAGAUGUUGAAGCUAGAGGAGUAUCAUGCUUCCCAGGUGAAAGCUCUGACUGGCGAGACUGAGGAUCAGAGGAGCCAGAUGGCCCAGAUGGAGAAGGAAAUUAACUACCUGCAGACUGAGCUGGCAGCCCUGAAGGAGGCCAACAUCCGCUCCCCCAGCAACACCAUGAAAAACCUGGUGGAACGACUGAAAGCACAGCUCACCCAGAAAGAGAAACAGCUCAAGUCUCUCAGUAAGGCUCUGUUGGAGCUGCGGGCAGAGAUGACAUCUGCUGCAGAGCAGCAAGUCAUAGCCAGUGCUGCACAAAAAGAAGAGAGUCUUAAUGUACAGAUGUUGGUUGACAGACACACCAAAGACCUAAAGAUGCGUGUGCAAGAACUUAAUGAAGAGCUUCAAGCUGCAAAGGAGUCUGCCAAAGCAGCCAGAGGCCAGGAGAACACCCUGAAAGAGGAAGUGGACAGCCUGAACCAGGGCCUCCAGAGGAGUCAAAAAACCCAGAGACGCCUGCAGACUGAAAAAGAGGAGAGAGAGCAGGAAAUCCAGGUGCUUAAGCAGCAAAUCAAGAGGCUUAGCAGCGCCCUUCAGAACCAAUCAGAACCAGAUGGGAAGGGGCCAACCAUCGAGAAUCUGCAGAAGAAGAUAAGGAGGCUAGAGUCUGACUUGGAGAAAAGAGCAGAAAUUAAAAAUGUUAAGGAUGAUCAUGGAAAGACCAAAGAUGAAAUUGUGCGUUGGGAGGAGGGUAAGAAAUGGCAGGUCAAGAUGGAAAAGGUGAAGAAUGCACUGAAGGAAAAGGAACGAGAGAAUGAAUCCCUGUCAAAACAGCUCAGCACUCUUAAAGACCUCUAUGCCAGACUGGAGCAAGAGAAGAGUGCACUGCAGAAAAAGCUGAAGGCUCGAGGUGUGACUGCUGAUCAGGUAGUGGGUGUGCGAUCCACUGAAAUAGAGAAGGAGAUGGAGGAGCUGAAGAAGAAGAACUCAGACCUGGAGACACAGAUCCUCACCAUAAAACAACACCAGGCUUUACCACGUGAUGACGCCAUGGAGAAUCUGACCCUGAGGAAUCGCUACCUGGAGGAGAGACUCCACUCCUUAGAGAGCCAGAUAUGCAAAGAGCCUCAAUCGAGACCCUCUGGAGAAAGCUCCUCCUCCCAUGCUUUAAGAAGGAUUUGUUCUGUCACUUCUGAUGUUCCUCGUGGGUCACGCAAAGGGAAUGCAGCACUCCAUCUAGCAGAACCUUACAAACGCUCUAUUAGCUCUGACGCUGUUGAAGACCCCGCUGACCAACAGAGUGAGCCAAAGCGAAACCAGAUAGAUAGAGAAACUCAAACCAGCUUUGUGGGAGCAGAGGAUGUUUGCACUGAACAAGAGCGAUCGACUCCUGAUGUGUCAGAAAACACAGCAGCAGACACAAUUGGAGAUCAUAUUAAAGAAGAUGAGACAGAAACAGAUAUUUUAGAAAGUACACACGACAUCCCAGGUGGUUCUGAAGUUGAUGUGGUUGAAAAAAAGGAAGAACCACAGACCACAAAAGGAAGUGAGUCUGAGCCUGAUGACCCGUCAGAAAGACCAGGAUCAGUUAUGGCAUCCCCUGAGCCAGCUGCAGCAACAACCAGCAGUGAGAUUGUGAUUAAAGAGGAUGUUGGUGAACUAGAUAAUCAAGAUACAGAUGAUGAUGAUGUGGGAAUCAGGGAAAAAAAGCCAGAAGAGGCAGAGGAACAGUUUGAGCUGAAAGUGGUUGAGACUACAAAGGUGGCAACAGGGGAGGAUAAUCCAGAACAGUCCUGCUCAGCAGAACCAGAUGUGGACUCCAUACUGAGCAAACACCCAGAGAGAUUUAUUAGUAAAAAAAGGGAUGAUCAUAUGCGAACACGAGAAAGCAGAUGUCUUAGAUAUCUGAAGACUUCAGGACGAGGCACUGGCACUCCCACACAAAGAGAUCAGGACCUCCAAAAAGAAAACCUCAAGCUGGCCUCUGAGAACCUGGAACUGCGCUUUCAGCUGGAGCAGACCAACAAAGACUUACCAAGACUCAAGAAUCAAGUUGCAGACCUUAAGGAGAUGUGCAGCGCACUGAAAAAGUCAAAGGCAGAGGUGGAGAAAAAGCUGACACAUAUACGUGGAGGAGCUGGUCACAGUGGUAAAACAGUACCUGAACUUGAGAAGACCAUUGGGUUGAUGAAGAAGGUGGUGGAGAGGGUGCAGAGGGAAAAUGAGUCACUAAAGAAAUCCAGUGCACCUGCAAAUCAAGACAAGGUCGCUACCUUGGAGCAAGAAAACGAAAAACUAAAGGCUGACUUUGAGAAACUGAAGAGUCAAAGUGAAGCUGAGCUGAGUUCCAAACUUGAAUCUAAAACUAAAGGACUGGAGAAAAUAGUAAUGGAAAAUGAACGUCUACGCAAGGAGAUCAAAAGGGAAAUGGAAGCUGCAGAGAGGCUGAGAGUGACCAAGACGAGUCUGGAAGUGACCAACGACAAGCUCGAGGCAGAGCUGGAAGAAACCAAGCACCGACUGCAUGAAGCUCUAUCCAGACCCAUUGCAGAGGGAGCAGACAGUAAGACCGGGAAGGCGUCUGUGCUAACAAGAAUGUUUGAGAACAAGAUGAAGGAGCUGGAGAUGGAGCUCUCCCAGAAGACCUCCAGUCUGUCUGAACUCAAACAACAGCUGAAGGAGGUGAACAAGCGCGAGGAGAGAGCUCAGAUAAGCAUCCAGCAACUUGAAGAUCAGGUUGACAUGUUAAAAAGAUUUCCUACCGCUGCAAAGACAGGAGGAGGACUCACCAAGGAGUUCCAGGCAAUGAGAUUGGUUAACACUGAGCUGGAGAAGGAGAACACAGAACUGAAACAAAGGCUGAACGAGUACAGUGAGCGAUACGGUGAGACAUCUUCUAAACUAGACUACGGAAAGCUCAAAAACCUUCUGCAGGCAGCCGAAGCAGAGAAAACAAAACUUCAAACUGAGCUUAAAAAGAUGAAGAAAGAACUGGAGAGCUUUGACCCGACAUUUUUUGAAGAGAUUGAAGACUUAAAAUUUAACUAUAAUUUAGAGGUCAAGAAGAACAUUCUGCUGGAGGAACAGCUGAAGAAGGUGUGUGAUCAGUUUGGUGUAAAGGCUGAAAUGCCUGUCAGUUAACUCAGGGUUACUGUGCCUUUUAAUGAAGUUAGGACUGUUAAAACUACACCUGGAUGUACUUUUAUGGUUGUCAGUCUUUAAAAGUGGACAUUAUCGUAAACCUGUCAGCUAAUUUUCCAUUUCGAUCUCUAGGGCUGGAUAUCAAUCCUCAAUAUAAUUUUGGUCCCUACCAAAACGGGUCUGUAUUAUCGAAUAUCAAAAACUGUCAGGCACCAAACAUUGGCAUGGAAUUUCAGGGCAGAUAAUGAUAACUGAUUAUCUGUCGGUGUGGCCAACCGAUACGAUAAUAUUAAUCUUACAAAAGCAAAAAUGUGAAGAGGACAAUAAAUGUAUUUUUAGAUUGACCGGUUUAUUUUUCUAAUAGAACAUCAAUAUUUAGAGAGCCUUCACCCUCGCCUUGAAACACUCACACACAAUUUAUUAUUUGUAGCUUCUUUUGUUACAUAAAAAAACAGGUUUGUAAAAAAAACAAACAAAACAAAAACAUGUUUGCCCGUGUUUUUCAGAAUAAGGUAUUGAAAUCAGCAUCAUUUAUUGGUACUAAAACUCAGGUAUCACAUCAGCACUAGUAUCAAACAUUUCCAAAUGAUGUCCAGCCCUAAAGAUCUCUCUGGAUCACAGAAAAAUUGAACUUAAGUAAUUUAGAUAUUCAAUAUCUCAAUCAUGUUUUUAGGUAAUGCAGUCUCUCUUACACUCACAUUCCCAAAGCAAAUUGCUUGGAAAUUGUAGGAGAAAAUAUCCCCUUUUCAGAACAGCCUCAAAGUAAAGUUUACCUUUAACAGUAAAGUGAUGUAGCUCCUUUAGUUUCUUCAAUAAGGCAGCUGUUUUUGUUAAUACUAAGUUCUUGGUUUGGUGAUGUAACUCAUGAAGCAUAUUUAUUUCUUUGUAUUUGAACUGUUCUGACAUAUUGUGCUUCAAUGUAUUUGUCAAUAAAGCAGCUAUCGUACUAAUCAGACACAAACUGUUAAAUACAA